AGCGCAUCCGGCGGCUGGAGCGAUGUGGCGCUCACGUCGUCUUUAAAAGAGAGGGAGGGAAGGCAGCAUCAUCGUCCAAAUAGAAGGCACACAUAGCGGGGAGAGAUGGCGCGAUAAGGACUAGCUAGCUGCUUUACCUCCGCGGACCUCCUCCAUCAGCCCGGCGACUGGGUCACAUGACAGCAGGCAGCUUGUAGAGCACACACACACCAUCACCGCAGCGCCAUUGACUCUUUUCAGCUCGUUUUUAAGCAAGCUUUUACUCCCGCUCGGUGAGUACAUUUGUGCUUUUUUUGUCAGCGUCCUCUUUUUUUUUUUAUUUCCUCCCCUCCAUUUUUAUUUUUUUCUCCUUUUGCUGAUGUUUAAUUAAAGCAUUGACGUGGUGGGUUUUUUUUGUCUUUUUUUUGUCUUUUUUUUUUUUUUUUUUUUCAAGUUUCCAGCAUGUACUUGUCCUGAUGGCUGUGCUCGUGCACGCGUCACUUGCACUUUGCUUUCCAGGGCUGAGAGCCUGCAGCGGUUUUCAGUCAUUGUUGAGAUUUUUACCAAAAUGUUUCUCAUUUUUAUCUUUCAUUUUUAAUUUUUUGUAGUAUUUCUUUGUUGCUUUGGUUUGCAUUUUGCGCUGUGGUUUGUUGCCUCCCACUUUUGUCAUUUUAAACGUCUUCUCGCUGGAGCCCAACCAUGCUUUGACUUCUUUGGAGUCCUUUUUGGGGACGUUGGGACUUUUCUUACAGCCGAGCUUUACAGGUUUGUUGUUUUUUUUUCAUAUGCUUUUGCUUUUUUUGGGAUGUUUUUGUUUUUGGUGGAUAGAUGAUGCUAGGUGGACUGGGUUUUUGUUUUCUGUGUCCACAAGGAGGAAGACAUUUCCCCCCUACUUUGGAGAUUAAAUACUGCAAAAACAUGCAAUAAAGGGACACGGUGACGUAAACAAAGGCUUCUAUUUUGCAAGAACGGCCGUCCACUAGAAGUGCUUUCAUUUUAUGAAAUGUGAAAGGUGAAUGGCAGCGUCAGCAGCAUCAGCAGAUGAGCUUUACACUCACUGGCCACCUCAUUAGGAGUGCGCCAGGUGGAGGAUGACUGGUAAAACCCAGACCAGCAACGUGACCAACAAGAAUGACCCACGCUCGCUCAACUCCAGAGUCUUCAUCGGCAACCUCAACACGGCCAUCGUCAAGAAGACCGACAUCGAGGUCAUCUUCGCCAAGUACGGCAAGAUCGUGGGUUGCUCCGUGCACAAGGGCUACGCCUUCGUGCAGUACCUGAACGAGAGGAACGCCCGGGCGGCCGUGGCGGGCGAGAACGCUCGCGUCAUCGCCGGACAGCCUCUCGACAUAAACAUGGCCGGUGAGCCCAAACCGUACAGGCCCAAAAGCGUCUCCAAGAGGCCUCUCUCGGCAGUCUACAGUGGUUACGAGUUUGACUACGAGUACUACAGAGAUGACUUCUACAGCAGGCUUUUUGACUACCACGGCCGAGUGGCACCUCCUCCCAGAGCUGUGAUCCCUUUGAAGCGCUCCAGGGUACUGGCUCCUUCCUCCCGCCGAGGGAAGACCUCCUUCCCCAUCAAAACGUCCUCCUCUUCCUCAUCGUCGUCCUCCAGACCUCCCACGUCCUCCUCCUCUUCAGCCGGCAUAAAACCAGUGAAGACGGACCAGCUGCAGACUAUCAAACGGGAGCUGACACACAUCAAGACCAAGAUCGACUCUCUUCUGGGACGACUGGAGAAGAUUGAGAAGCAGCAGCGAGUCGAGUCCGAAGCUCAGAGGAAGUACGAGGACAACUGUGACUCGCUGCAUGACGAGUCCGUGUCAGAGGCGGCGGAGAACUCCGGCGAGGAGGCCGGCGAAGGCGCGCUGGACGUGGAGGCCGGCGAGAUGAGCGACGCCGCUGAGGACGACUACGAGGAGGAGGAGGAUGAGGAGGGUGGCAGCCAGCAUCUGACAGAGAACCACAUUUCGGAUAUUGACAACUGAGAUGAGGGAACUGUCGAAAAUUCAUCAUUCCCUUCGUGAGGCGGGAACAGAGAGGUUCAGCGAGGUAUCCAGAUUUAUGGACUCGGAAGAGAUGCCGACGACAAGUGGGCAGCAAAUGUGACGUAUGUAAAAAAAACAAAAAAAGGAAAAAAAAAAAGCCUUUUUUUUUACUUGCUGUGCUGUUAUUGUAUCCAACGAGGAUACUUGGCAUCUUUUACGUGGUUUUGUGUACGCGGAACACCGGGCACUGUUUUAUUUAUUGACAUUUUGUGUGUUUACAUCAUCUCAACGUGCACUCAAAAGCUUUCAUCUGAAGCUGCAAUUUAACAACUUGGCUACCAGGUGGAGCAUCCAUGCCCCAAUGCAGGGGUGUCCAAACUUCUUCCACCGAGGGCUGCAUACUUAAAAAUGAAAAGAUGCGAGGGUCCACUCAUAUUUGACAUUUUCUAAACCCACCCAAUAUAUGUGUACUGUAUAUAUAAAGAUAAAAAGUUAUAUAUAUAAUUAUAUAUAUAUAUUUAUAUAUAUAAUAUAAGUUAUAUGUAUAUACGCACGGUGGCCGAGUGGUUAGCAUGUUGGCCACACAGUCUGGGGAUCGGGAAGAUCUGGGUUUGAAUCUCCGUUGGGCAUUUCUGUGUGGAGUUUGCAUGUUCUCCCCGUGCGUGUGUGGGUUUUCUCCGAGUACUCCGGUUUCCUCCCACAUUCCAAAAACAUGCAUGUUAGCUUAAUUGGCGACUCUAAAUUGUCCAUAGGUAUGAAUGUGAGUGUGAAUGGUUGUUUGUCUAUAUGUGCCCUGCCGUUGGCUGACAACCAGUCCAGGGUGUACCCCGCCUCUCGCCCGAAGUCAGCUGGGAUAGGCUCCAGCAUACCCGCAACCCUAAUGACGAUAAGCGGCAUAGAAGAUGGAUGGAUGGAUGUUAUGUGCGGAUUUCUUUUUCAUUUCUUCAUUUUUUGCUGUUGUUUUUUUUUUAUUGACAAAUAUUUCAACUUUUUCACGCAUACUUUUUUUCUGUGAAUAUUAUGACUUUAUUCGCAUAAUAUUUUGACUUUAUUCUUUAAUAUUAGAACUUUUUUCCAACCCAACUUUCCAAAAACUGCAACUUUAUUCUUUGUUUUGCUUGAUUAUAU